CACAUGCAACUUUUCUCCUCCGGACCCGACCGCGCCGCAGGCCGAUGCGCCAACACAGCCGCUGCCGCUGCCGGCGCCUGCGCAGCGAGGCCGGCCGUGUCGGCAGCCGCGGGGGCCGGGCCUCCCUUAUUUAACAGCUCCACCGAUCGGCACCACCCGGCGGCGGCGGCGGCAAACGAGAGCCGUCGCGUUGGCGUGGCCACGUACGAGAUCAAUCCACCAGCCCUCUCGAUCGGCUUCCCGCCUGUUUUCGGUUUCGAACCCCAGCUCAAAGGUGCUAGGGCACGAUGGUGCCUGUCGGGAGUGAGGAAGCGGAGGUGGCGAUGGACGGGGAGUGCCCGCCGCCGCCGCCAGCGGCGGCGGCGCCGCGGAGCGGGCCGAGCAGGAGCCACAGCGAGGCGGAGCGAAAGCGGCGGCAGCGCAUCAACGCCCACCUCGCCACGCUCCGCACCCUCGUGCCCGCGGCAUCCAGGAUGGACAAGGCAGCGCUGCUCGGGGAGGUGGUGCGGCACGUGCGGGAGCUGCGGGGCGAGGCGGACGCCGCGGCGGCGGGCGCGGCCGUGGCCGUCCCGGGGGAAGGCGACGAGGUCGGCGUCGAGGAGGGGCAGCACUGCUGCUGCCGCGGCGCCGGCGGGGAGGGGGACAGGGCCGCCGCUGCCACCAGGCGCGUCAGGGCGUGGGUGUGCUGCGCCGACCGCCCGGGGCUCAUGUCCGAGCUGGGCCGCGCUGUGCGGUCCGUCAGCGCCAGGGCGGUGCGCGCGGAGAUCGCCACCGUCGGCGGGCGGACGCGGAGCGUCCUAGAGCUGGACGUUGGCGGGCAACACGACGGCGAGGGCACGUCGUCUCGGCCGGCGCUGCAGACGGCGCUCCGGGCUGUGCUGCUCAGCCGGGAAGAGCUGCUCGCCGCCGAGUGCUACAAGCGGCAGCGCUUCUCGGCGCACCUCGCCAGGGUUUAGUUAGGACUCUGGCACUGUAGGAGCGAGUGGCCUGACGGUAGACACAAGGGAAAGGGGAGGGCUGUGUGACAUGUCUGCUACCUUUUUAGUUGUAACAUGUAGCAAAUCACAAAACUUCCAUUGCCCGCUUAUUUCAAUUGGUUUUGCAAAUCUUUGAGCUCUAUCACCAAGUAUUCGAGACCAUUAAGUGAUAAGACUAACAGAGUAACAGAUACAGAUGCUAUAUAUCUCCCAGUUACAGUGAUACAACAAAUGGUACAAAUGUUACAAUUGUAACACACGGUAACGCCAAAUGUGGCGAUGACUAUACAUGCAUUUGUGCUAUGAUCGACCUUGCAGCUUAUUCAUAACUCCUUAAUGUUUUCAAACAGAAAACAACAUACAAAUAGUUGAGAAAAAUUCACCUUCUCCCCAGCAGUUCGACAGACUUUCACUUUGCUACCACAUUGUUCAUUGUGUUGCACCUCACCCCAUUGUGGUUUUGUCCUACGGUCGCAAGUCUCUGUAUC